AUGGCUGUCAUCACUGAAGCUCCCAAGGCCUUUGACUUUAUUGUCGUCGGUGGUGGCACUGCUGGCUGCGUCGUUGCUGGCCGCCUGGCCGAGAACCCCAACGUGUCCGUCCUCGUCGUCGAGGCCGGCAUUGACAACCCUUCUGCCGUUGACGCCAUCACCACUCCCGCCACUGCCUUCACUCUCCGAGGUUCCAAGUAUGAUUGGUCUUUCAAGACUGGCAUGAUUGAUCGUCCCGAGUACACUCGCAUUGAGAAGCCCAAUACCCGAGGAAAGGUCCUCGGCGGCAGCUCUUGCCUCAACUACUACACUUGGAUCCCCGGUUCUGCUGCUACUUUUGACGACUGGGCUGAGUUUGGUGGUGAGGAGUGGACCUGGAAGACGUGUAAGGAGUAUCUUUACAAGCCCGCUACCUAUCACGAUGACCAUGGUGAGCAUCGCCCCGAGCUCAAGUACAUCGGCGAGAAUGGUCCUCUUCCCGUCUCACACUCAGAUCUCCUCCCCGAGACUGAGGGCUGGCGAAACGCCCUCACCAAGGCCUGGGUCAGCAAGGGCGAGCCUCUCACUGACGACGUUCACAACGGCGAGAUGCACGGUCUCUGGAAGUGCAUCAACACCAUCUACAACGGCAAGCGAUCCUCCAGCUGGCGCUUCCUGGAGGGUAAGCCCAACGUCACCGUUCUUGGACAGACCAACGCGAAGCGGCUCAUCUUUGAGAAUGGAAAGGCUGUUGGUGUUGAGGUCAUUGGUCCUGACGGUCAGACCCUUUCUCUCCGUGCUCAGUACGAGGUGAUUGUGUCGCUUGGUGUUUACGAGACUCCCAAGUUGCUCCUCCUGUCUGGCAUCGGCCCUGAGCAGGAACUCAACAAGUUUGGUAUCAACUCCGUUGUCAAGUCUGAGCACGUUGGCCAGAACCUUCUUGACCACCCCAUCUUGCCUCACGUCUUCAAGAUCAAGGACGGCUACGGACUCGACAAGCACCUCCUACGACCCGGCCUGGAGAAGGAUGCUGCCGCCUCUGCUUACCGCUGGAAGAACAAGGGCCCCAUGACCAGCGGUCUUCUCGAGCUCGUCGGUCUUCCUCGUAUCGACAGCUACCUCGAGAAGGUGCCAGAGUACGUCGAGUACAAGAAGGCCAACGGCAACGUCGACCCCUUUGGUCCCGGUGGCCAGCCUCACUUUGAGAUUGACUUUGUCCCCAUGUUCUGCGACGCUUUCCAGUGGCACAUUCCUACACCACCCACCGGUGACUACAUGACUGUCAUUGUUGAUCUGCUGCGACCUCUUUCUCGCAACGGAACUGUCACCUUGAAGUCGACCGACCCUCUCGAGCAGGCAGACAUCAACAUCAACUUCUUCUCCAAUGACCUUGACUUGGCAGCUAUGCGCCAGGGUGUUCGCUUUGUCGACGACAUUCUACUGAAUGGCGAGGGUAUGAAGGAUAUCAUUGAGGAGGACUAUCCUUGGGCUAUGCCUCGAGGUUCUGAUGAGGCUAUGGACACCAUGAUCAAGGAGAGGUCCCAGACAGGCUUCCACCCUUGCGGCACCGCACGACUGGGCAAGUCUAUCGAGCAGGGUGUCGUCGACUCCAAGCUCAAAGUCUUUGGAGUCAACAACCUCCGAGUUAUCGACGCAUCCAUCAUUCCCGUCAUCCCCGACUGCCGCAUCCAGAACUCAGUCUACAUGAUUGCCGAGAAGGGAGCCGACAUCAUCAAGGCUGCUUACCCCGGACUGUAUGCUUAA